UUUACUUGAUUUGGAAGCCAUGGACAUGACAGGUUUGUGCAUCGCGCUGCUCUUCCUUGCUGUUAAGGGUGCAGUCACAUAUCCUACCCUUCACGUAGAUGGUGAAGCUCAUCUUGGACAACCAACAUCUUUACGCUGCACCUGUGACUGGCCAAUAACUUUGAGAGAUCCUGAAGGCACAGCCGUCCUGCAGUGUAUAUCGACAAGCAACUGCCUAAGUAAUAGGCCAGGGUAUAUAUCUUUGGAUAGAGAUAAAAGUGAGGGAGGGACGUAUGUAGCAGUCAUAAAUGAAACAAGGACAGGAGAUGAAGGAGAAUGGAGAUGUCAGUGUGGCAACCAAGAGGCAAAGGCCACGCUACGUAUACAGCGCACGACAUCCAUGGAUCUGACUACUCCAGAACCCAAAAGGGCACCUGCUUAUCCUACUCUAAAAGUUGAUGACAGUCCAAUCCUUGGACAACCAACAUCUUUACGCUGCACCUGUGACUGGCCAAUAACUUUGAGAGAUCCUGAAGGCACAGCCGUCCUGCAGUGUAUAUCGACAAGCAACUGCCUAAGUAAUAGGCCAGGGUAUAUAUCUUUGGAUAGAGAUAAAAGUGAGGGAGGGACGUAUGUAGCAGUCAUAAAUGAAACAAGGACAGGAGAUGAAGGAGAAUGGAGAUGUCAGUGUGGCAACCAAGAAGCAAAGGCCACGCUACAAAUUACUUAUUCCAAUUCUUGCUUUUGCUUUUACCCAAGUUUCCGAUUACUAAUAUUCGUACUUCUAUUAGUCUGUCUGACCUGAAUUCAACAAGACAGGAAAUAUGACAGGAUUACAUUGGACUGGACCAAAUCCAGAAUGUCUAAGUUUAUUACCGAACAUGUUCCAGUAACAUGCCUGAUAAAAGAAAAGAAUAAAGUAAGAUCUUUUGGCUACAGAACGUUUCUACUCACCAUACACCCUACAGCUAUCUAUGUCCUGCUUUUUCAUUUCUUAAAUUUAUCGAUUACGGCUCUAUCGUAUAUGGUGGGGCCUGUAAAAGCAACCUCAAACUACUUGAUUCUAUCCAUCACCAGGGUCUAA